GGAUGUAGCGAGACAUUCGGCUCAAGUUCAAGCCCGUUUGGCCCGUCGUUUUUCGAGAUCGAGAAGAAAGCACCGUUUGAGCAUCAUCCCGCCGAGUGAGGGUGUGUCUGGGAGAGAGUGCGCGUGCCGCGAGUGAGUGAGGGUGGGGGUGUGUGUUUUAUGUGGUGCACAUAUUGUUUUCGCGGUUGAUGAGCGGUUUUAUCCGAACAAUCAGGAGUCAGUGAGGAAGUAAACGUGUUCAAGAUAUCGGAGUACUGUUUUGAGGGGUAUUUUGUUGAUUUUUUUUUGUGGAAUCAGUGGUAGUGUCCGGAACUUGACCCGGUGGCCGGGCUUAAAGAUCCUAAGCGCCACUCUGUGGAUAAGAAAACUGUUUUCCGAAUUCAAAUCGGGUCGUAUUGUGUGUGCCAAAGUGAUCGUUAUUUCGAACUCCAACUGGUAGAAGAAGCUCAGCGAAUACAAAAGGGAAAAUUUGUUGAGGGAAAAAUUCGUGAAAUUUUUUGGUUGAUGACUGUUCCUGGUCGGAAUUGAAACAGUGAAACAGUGGUUUAUUUGCGAAGUGCGACACCGAGCGAACAAUGCUAUGAUCUGUGAAUCACGUGCCCAUGUGUCUGUGUGUGUGUGUGUGUGUGUGUGUGUGUGUGAGGAAGAGUUCUAAAUAAUACCGGCGGCCGCCAAAUAAACCCAAGUGACUAAUAAUAAUCGAUUGUGCCAAUAGUGAAUAGAGAGUGGUGCCGACGGAAGGCUGAAGGAGAAAACGCGAAAGUUAGUUAAUAUUCCGCACGGUGCUCCGUUACGAUUGGAAUCGGCUAGCCAGCCAACGAGUCGCGAGUGAGUGAUUAAUCGUGUCGUGGAUCUUCCUCGAUCGUCGUCGUCAGCCUUCGACUUCCCAGUUCACACAGCGUCUCGCGUGAAAGGCCUCCAAAAUUGCGCCGAAAACAUCGUUCCGAAUGCAUUUGCCCUGCGGUGCAACCACGGUCACCAUUACUCCGAGCAGUGCGACCGACGCCAGCGCGACGCCGACGGCUCCCACCGAGUGGGACAUCUACAAGGACGAGGAAAUGCUGGAACCACCUGCCGGCGGCAACAGCAGCAGCAACAAUGCGGAGAACAGCUCACCCAGUCCGGGAGGUUCUGGGGACCUCUGGUGGAUCGAACGGUUGGUGAUCGAAGCCCAGCAGGAAUAUCCCGGAGAAUUAGUACGAACCGGUAGUCCCUAUUUCCUCUGCUCGGCGCUCCCAAACCACUGGCGAUCGAACAAGACGCUGCCGGCCGCCUUCAAGGUAGUCUCGCUGGGCGAUGUCUGCGACGGGACAAUGGUGACGAUCCGGGCCGGCAACGACGAGAACUUCUGCGGCGAGCUUCGGAACUGCACAGCUGUGAUGAGAAACCAGGUGGCAAAAUUUAAUGAUCUCAGAUUCGUGGGCCGAAGUGGCCGAGGGAAAAGCUUCACACUGACGAUUACGGUUUCCACCACCCCUCCCCAGGUGACAACCUACGGCAAGGCGAUUAAAGUGACCGUCGACGGCCCGAGGGAACCCCGCUCAAAAACCAAUAUCCCUCAGCUAAGGCCGCCUCCCCUGCAUCGGUUUCUGGAACAGCCGGCGUUUGCCCACUUCCCGGCCCGGUUCAGUUCCACGUCCAACAAAGCCUCCAUCAACAGUUACAGCUCAGGUACAAAUCAUCACCAUCACCACCACAGCAACAACAGUGGCAGUUCCAGCCUGAACACCAGCGUCGAAUCCUCCAGCGAUUACAAACCCAAUCUUACCCUGCCAGAUUACAGCAAUCCUGGCGACUGGCCAAAUGGGCUUAAUUCUUCCUCGGCGACGGCUUACGUCAGCAACUACUCGCCCCUCCAAACGACGCCUCCCUCCUACGGUGGAUACGAUCCUUGCCCAAUGGCAGAGCAUCCAAACUACAGCAUUCCAACAGAUCAUCUUCCAGUUCUUCCAGACACCGCCCCCGCGUACCAGGACUACUACGCCAUUCCGCCGGCCUCAAGCUCGACUCCCCACCAAUCCAUGCCCCACGGGUACGUGUCCAAAGGGUCCGAGCUGGAUGCCUCCUACGGUCCGUACAGCCAGUGGGCCAACGGAUACGGAAGCUAUCAGUACAAUUCCCCGUGCCCUCCGCCGCUGCCACCACCCCCGCCACAAACGCAGUACCCCUCGACGACUCCCGCCAUGGUGCUCUGCCCGCAGAUGUUCAGCACCGUCAACCAGAACCAAAUCCACGUCCAUCUGCACGGCACCGGGAGCGAAAAGCUCGAGCAGUACCUCGGUUCGGACAACGGAUUCACGAUCAACUCCAUAUCCGCAGGGACGAUGCGACCACCGGCACCAGGUGUCGAGAUUGGCAUCGGAACGCACGACAGCGCCCUGAUGGUCCACGAAGCGGAUCAGCAAGCGCAGCAGCAGCAGCAUCACUCCGCAGCGCAUCCUGGCGCGGCUGGCGCAGGAGAUGGUAGCGAGCCACCAGAGGGCCGGGAAGAAACCGUCGCUGGCGAUCCGAGCAGCGUCUGGCGGCCCUACUGAUGUUACGAGUUUUAGGCGUGUUCUAGACUGAUUUUCGAUUCGUUUAGUGUCAAUUGAUGAUUUGUUUCGUAUGUUUUACUUUCUGUGCACCAACUGGAACCAACCGCUCAAACUGUUUACGUUCGUAGAGAUACUUAGUCGUACUUUACUGUACUAGUAAAUUUAGAAUAAUUUAUAUAUGAUGUAAGGAACUAGCAGAACUGUUUUCAUAUAGAUUUACAAAUAUUGCAUUCCAUCUGAAAUAAUCUCAGUUAUCAAGUGAAUACGCAGAAUAUAGAGAUGGGUUUUUUUCUUCUAUGGAAAUUUUCUGUAAUAUAGGUAAAAUGCGAAAAGAGAUGGCAAAUUAGCUAAAUGUUGGGUGGAUUUACAAUAAAUAUUUGUAUAAAUCUGUA